AUGCAUAGGCUUUUUUGGAGGUUAAUCCAGGAGGAGUCUUGGUACAGCACCUCUGAGCUGACGUGUCCGGGACACCAGGCAUUGCAACCGCAUCCGGAGGACCACCUCCAUUUGAGGCUGCACCGUGCUCGUUCGGUCGUUCUUACGGCACAAGAGCUCACCGAGAUACGCGCCGCCCAGCGGACCUUUGAGGGUGCAUAUAUGCGGACGGCACUGUCGCAGUUCUCAUUCGCACUCAUCAUCCUCAAGAUCUUCACCAGCGAGUUCUAUGCGAUAGGAGCGCUUUUCGCCGCGUAUGGGGCAGCCAUCCUACUUGUGGCCAUCUUCCGGCGGUACGAGGGCAACAGGCAGUUCUUCGAUCAGGAGGAAUCGGACUCGGAGACGGAUGAUGACGACGGCGAGGGGCUCGACGGGCAGGGUGGCGAUGCCGCCGCCGCUAGGGGACGCCGCCGGGUGCAGACGAUCAGGAAGAGGUUCCGGACCAGCGGAAAUAGUGUCACCCUCCUGACUGUCUUGAGUCUGGGGGCGUAUAUCACACUCAUGGUGCUGAUGCUGCGGCUCAGCUAA